AAACAGAACCUUGGGAUGGAAACUUCACGAAUCUACUUUCGAAACGGCUUUUCUGUGAUCGAUGCAUCACAUGUCGUCGCAUCGUAUAUGUACCGUCCACUGAUCCCACCCACUUAUUGGUCCUUUUCCUCAAUCUUGACCGCCUUUCUUUCGAUUAUUUUGCAUAAUCCUCGUCUUCCCCAGGAUCCCAUCGCCAUUGUUAGGUAUAUUGCUAAUGGCUGUUGCUGAAACAGUGAUGCAAGUAUGCAAUGGGGCUGGACCCUGCCACAUUAGUUGUAAUCCUCGGCUAAAAUUGCAGUCAUCUUCUGUUUCGCGAUCUUCUGUAAUAUGUAAAAGGAGACGAGCUGCGACUCGUUUCAAAGUUGUCGACAGAUCAUAUCCUCAAAGUGAUAUUUAUUGGUUUCCUAGAGCUUCCGGCAUCAAUUUUGACUCCGAUCGCUAUUUAGGAAGUUUCAAAUGCAGCUGCCAAAGAGCCGAGAGCUCGAACAGGCUAGCUUCCGAUGAUGGGAGCCAGAAUGAAAAAUUAUAUGUGAAUAAGGCGAAAGAGUACGGUACAGGAAAUGGCGACAUAUUCAAUGUUUUAGAUUCGGAGGUCAGCAGAGAGUCCAGCUCAGGAAAGGAGGGGUGUUCGCCUAACGGUAAUGUUGCAAAGCAUGGAGCCAAACGAGAAACCAAGCAAAAGGACGGUUCCAAAUCUGUCGAGGAUGAAGCAUGGGAGCUGCUGAAAGAAUCCGUUGUAUAUUAUUGCGGUAGUCCUGUGGGUACGAUUGCUGCGCAGGACCUGACUAGUUCCAGUGUCCAGAACUACGAUCAGGUCUUCAUCCGCGAUUUCAUUCCUUCGGGAAUUGCCUUUCUGCUUAAGGGGGAGUACGAGAUCGUCCGUAACUUCAUUCUUCACACUCUUCAGCUGCAGAGCUGGGAGAAAACCAUGGAUUGCCAUAGCCCCGGACAAGGGUUGAUGCCGGCUAGUUUUAAGGUACGAACAGUGCCUCUUGAUGGGGAUGACUCGGCUACAGAGGAGGUACUCGACCCUGACUUUGGAGAAGCUGCGAUUGGUCGUGUUGCGCCUGUUGAUUCUGGGCUGUGGUGGAUUAUCUUGUUAAGGGCGUAUGGAAAAUGCUCGGGGGAUCUGUCGGUUCAGGAACGAGUAGAUGUUCAGACCGGAAUCAAGAUGAUCCUUAGGCUAUGCCUUGCCGAUGGUUUCGAUAUGUUCCCUACGCUGCUCGUAACCGAUGGCUCGUGCAUGAUAGAUCGCCGGAUGGGAAUACACGGUCAUCCUUUAGAGAUUCAAGCACUGUUCUAUUCUGCGUUACUAUGUGCUCGGGAAAUGCUUGCUCGGGAGGAUGGAUCAGCUGACCUUACCCGAGCAUUGAACAAUCGCCUCGUCGCGCUGUCAUUUCAUAUCAGGGAAUACUACUGGAUUGACAUGAAAAAACUCAACGAGAUUUAUCGUUACAAGACUGAAGAAUACUCGUUCGAUGCUGUUAACAAAUUCAACAUCUACCCCGACCAAAUUCCUCCAUGGUUAGUCGAAUGGAUGCCUAACAAAGGGGGCUAUUUAAUCGGAAACUUGCAGCCUGCGCAUAUGGACUUCCGGUUCUUCUCUCUCGGGAAUUUGUGGUCCGUUGUCAGCAGCCUCGCGACGUUGGAUCAGUCGCAUGCCAUAUUGGAUCUUGUCGAAGCGAAAUGGCUCGAUUUGGUAGCGGAUAUGCCGUUUAAACUUUGCUAUCCGGCUCUCGAAGGCAAGGAGUGGCAGAUCAUAACCGGAUUUGAUCCCAAGAACACGCCGUGGUCGUAUCACAACGGGGGUUCCUGGCCGACUCUUCUUUGGCAGCUCACCGUCGCUUGCAUCAAGAUGAACAGACCCGAGAUCGCGGAAAAAGCUGUGGAGAUUGCCGAGAAGCGAAUAUCAAAAGACAAAUGGCCUGAAUAUUACGACUCCAAGAAGGCCCGAUUCAUCGGGAAGCAGUCUCGGCUAUACCAGACCUGGUCUGUUGCGGGCUACCUCGUCGCGAAACUUCUCCUCGCCAACCAGAGUGCGGCCAAUAUGUUGAUCACCGAAGAGGACUCCGAGCUCGUUAACGCCUUCUCUUGUGCUAUCAGUUCGAGUCCGAGGAGAAAGCGCCGGCACAAGAGAUCCGAGAAGACUUUUAUCAUCUAAGGAUAAUACGAUUAACGUUUACGGAAAGGUUAGACAGCGAUGUAUAGAUUGAAUCGACUCAAAUCCGAGUAUGAAUGAUUAGAAAUACCUCGUCCGUUC